AUCGCUGUACUCGGUCGCUCUAACCGGAAGAUGUUACAGCAUGGUGAUGGAUUCUGUUAGUUAGCAGGUUUAUUUAGUUAAAAUCACAUUUAAGAUCAUAUUUAUCUGUUUAUAUUACGGCAGGAUUUUUCUGUGACUAAUGGCUGUUGGUCGGACAGUGUGUCAGAUGCUGCAACGCAGUCUGGUGUCCAGCGCAGCAGCUGCACGCCUCUCUUCUGCAGAAGUGCGCAGUCAACGCAGCUCUCUGUUCUUUAAAGAGCAGACGCGUCAGCGCGCUCUCUAUCCACGCACAGAGAAGAUCGAGGUGACCCUACAGGGGCCCGGACUCCAGGGGUCUCUACUCAUCAUGAACAAAGGCGUAUCAACGCCACACAGCUGCACACGCCAUCUGUCCGAGUGGCAUGUGAAGAGUUCUGCUUUCGCUCUAGUCGAUGGGCAGCCGUGGCACAUGCAUCGACCUUUGACCCGCUCCUGUGACCUCACGCUCCUCACUUUUAAAGAUGAAGCCCCGCAGAUAGUCAAUCAGGCUUACUGGCGUUCCUGUGCGGCUCUUCUGGGACAGGUGCUCGAUGGAGCCUUUAAAGACGAAUACAGUGUUGAGCUUCUAAAGAUUCCUGAAGUACCAGUGAGCGCCGGUGCCUUUUGUUGCGAUGUGGUUCUGGACCCUCGGUUAGACUCGUGGACCCCUACAGAGGAGAAUCUGCGCUCUUUAACCCGCGAGGCUCUUCAGCUCAUUCAGAAGGAUAUUCCAUGGGAACCUUUAGAGGUUUCACCGUCGGUAGCGCUGGAGAUCUUCUCUCACGGCAGGUAUAAACAGGAGCAGGUUGAAGAAAGUGCAGCUCAGAGUCAGAACGGGACAGUUUCGCUAUACAGGUGUGGAGAUCAUGUGAUGUUGAGCGACGGUCCUCUGGUGACCCGGACGGGUAUGUGCUCGCAGUAUGAGGUCACAGCCAUACAUACGUUAGGAGAGAGAGCGUGGGGUGUGCAACGAAGAGCUCAGGGCCUGUCGCUGCCUGUCAAUCUCACCGCUCAUCAUACAAUUUGGAGAAAACUGCGCCAGAGAGCGGAGAGACUAGUAGAGAUUUCCUCAUCCUCCCCAGUGACUCCACCCCUCACACACGAGGCCACGCCCCCUUCCUCCUCCCCUCAGCAGUAAUCUACACCUCUACCCCAGCAUUCAGUGUUUGUAUUGUCAUGUUCAAUAAACAAGCGGACAAAAA